UCUGUGUGCUGUGGGUCAUGGCUAACGUCUCCAAGAAGGUGUCGUGGUCCGGCCGCGACCUGGACGACGACGAGGCGGCGCCGCUGCUGCGGAGGGCGGCGCGGCCCGAGAGUCCGGCCGGCGAGGGCACGCCGCUGCUGAACGGGGCGGGGCCCGCCGCCGCCCGCCAGUCGCCCCGUUCUGUGUUUUUCCGGAUUGGACAGAUGAGCAACGUGGAGCUGGACGAUGAGCUUCUGGACCCAGAGAUGGACCCCCCUCAGCCUUUCCCCAAGGAGAUCCCACACAAUGAGAAGCUCCUGUCCCUCAAGUACGAGAGCUUGGACUAUGACAACAGUGAGAACCAGCUGUUCCUGGAGGAGGAGAGGCGGAUCAACCACAUGGCCUUCCGGACGGUGGAGAUCAAGCGCUGGGUCAUCUGCGCCAUGAUCGGGAUUCUCACAGGCCUUGUGGCCUGCUUCAUUGACAUUGUGGUGGAGAACUUGGCUGGCCUGAAGUACAGGGUCGUCAAGGACAAUAUCGACAGGUUCACGGAGAAGGGCGGGCUGUCCUUGUCCCUUGUGCUGUGGGCCGCACUGAACGCCGCAUUCGUGUUCAUAGGCUCUGUGAUCGUCGCCUUCAUAGAGCCGGUUGCUGCUGGCAGCGGGAUCCCCCAGAUCAAGUGUUUCCUCAACGGGGUGAAGAUCCCCCAUGUAGUGCGGCUCAAGACUCUGGUGAUCAAGGUGUGUGGUGUGAUCCUGUCCGUGGUGGGAGGACUGGCCGUGGGAAAGGAGGGGCCGAUGAUUCACUCAGGCUCCGUGAUUGCUGCUGGGGUGUCCCAGGGGAGGUCAACGUCGCUGAAGCGAGAUUUCAAGAUCUUCGAGUACUUCCGCAGAGACACGGAGAAGCGGGACUUUGUCUCAGCAGGAGCUGCGGCUGGAGUGUCCGCUGCGUUUGGAGCCCCCGUGGGUGGGGUCCUGUUCAGCUUAGAGGAAGGUGCCUCCUUCUGGAACCAGUUCCUGACAUGGAGAAUCUUCUUUGCUUCCAUGAUUUCCACCUUCACCUUGAACUUUGUCCUAAGCAUCUAUCAUGGAAACAUAUGGGAUCUGUCCAGCCCGGGCCUCAUCAACUUUGGAAGAUUUGACACGGAGACCAUGGUGUACACGAUCCAUGAGAUCCCCAUCUUCAUCGCCAUGGGCGUGGUGGGUGGUGUUCUUGGAGCCGUGUUCAAUGCCUUGAAUUAUUGGCUGACCAUGUUUCGAAUCAGGUACAUCCACCGGCCAUGCCUCCAGGUGAUCGAGGCAGUGCUGGUGGCCGCUGUCACGGCCACAGUCGCCUUCGUGCUGAUUUACUCGUCGCGGGAUUGCCAGCCCCUGCAGGGAAGUGCUGUGUCCUACCCGCUCCAGCUCUUCUGUGCAGAUGGGGAGUACAACUCCAUGGCCGCGGCCUUCUUCAACACCCCGGAGAAGAGUGUGGUCAGCCUUUUCCACGACCCCCCAGGCUCCUACAACCCUGCAACCCUUGGCCUCUUCACCCUGGUCUACUUCUUCCUGGCUUGCUGGACCUACGGGCUCACAGUGUCCGCCGGUGUCUUCAUCCCGUCCCUGCUCAUCGGGGCUGCCUGGGGCCGGCUCUUUGGCAUAUCCCUGUCCUACCUCACAGGGGCUGCGAUCUGGGCGGACCCUGGCAAGUAUGCCCUGAUGGGAGCGGCUGCCCAGCUGGGUGGGAUCGUGAGGAUGACGCUGAGCCUGACGGUCAUCAUGAUGGAGGCCACCAGCAACGUGACUUACGGCUUCCCCAUCAUGCUGGUCCUGAUGACCGCCAAGAUUGUGGGGGACGUCUUCAUCGAGGGCCUGUACGACAUGCACAUCCAGCUGCAGAGUGUGCCCUUCCUGCACUGGGAAGCCCCCGUCACCUCGCACUCGCUCACCGCCAGGGAGGUGAUGAGCACGCCGGUCACCUGCCUGCGGAGGAGGGAGAAGGUGGGCGUCAUUGUGGAUGUGCUCAGCAGCACGACGUCCAAUCACAAUGGCUUCCCUGUGGUGGAGUGCGCCGACGACACCCAGCCGGCCCGGCUCCAGGGCUUAAUUCUGCGCUCCCAGCUGAUCGUCCUGCUGAAGCACAAGGUGUUCGUGGAGCGGUCCAACAUGGGCCUGGUGCGGCGGCGGCUGAGGCUGAAGGAUUUCCGCGACGCCUACCCCCGCUUCCCCCCAAUCCAGUCCAUCCAUGUGUCCCAGGACGAGCGCGAGUGCACCAUGGACCUGUCAGAGUUCAUGAACCCCUCCCCCUACACCGUGCCCCAGGAUGCGUCUCUCCCGAGGGUGUUCAAGCUCUUCCGGGCCCUGGGCCUCAGGCACCUGGUCGUGGUGGACAACCACAAUCAGGUGGUCGGGCUGGUGACCAGGAAGGACCUGGCCAGGUACCGGCUUGGGAAGCGGGGCCUGGAGGAGCUCUCGCUUGCCCAGACGUGAGGCCCUGGCCACUGCUCCUGGGGUUCCCGCCUCGCUCCGUGUGCAGUGGCAAAUCCAGCG